AGUUGCCGGCGAAAGGAGCCUAAUAAAACAUGCCAAAGAAAGUUGCAGUUGUUGGUGGAGGGAUAUCUGGACUUGCUGCAGCCGCAUCACUAGUUGACCAAGGCUUUGACGUUCAUUUGCUAGAGGCUUCAGAUUACUUUGGAGGAAGACUCAAACAAGUGGAUAUAUUUCCAGGAUUUCCACCGAUUGAUCUUGGAGGGGAUUUUAUUCAUGGUUCAACCAAUAUAAUACAUCAGCUUGCAAAGGAAAAUGAAUGGGAAGUAAAAAAGGCACAUAGGUGUCAAGGAGAUGAGGCACCAAAGGCUUCAUGCAUCUACAUUGAGGGAAAAUUGUAUACAGAGGAUGAAAAAGAUCAUCCUGACGUCUUUGCUGCAAAAAAAGCAUUUGAUGACAUCUUUUUACUGAUAGAGGAGUAUUUAUCUAACUCCAAAGGAAAUGACAACAAGGAAGUUAGUACUGGUCAAGUGAGGAAUGAAGAUCAAAUCUCUGGAAUCAGUUUACAUACUUGGCUUCAGCAAAAAGGGYUUAAUCAAAAAACAAUUGAAAUAGCAGAUUCUCAUUGCUGUCAAUCACAUGGAGGAACACUUGAUUCUAUGGGUCUCUUAGAAACAGGGYUUAACRAUGUCCUAUGGGAAAGUGGCACAGGGAAUUUCAGGUUGGAAGGAUCGUAUUCUGUUUUGAUCUCCUACUUUUUACAAAAAUGUGRUAAAGUCGACAAAAGAUUAAAUUGGCCUGUUAAGAAAAUCAACUGGAURAAACAACUUGAUGAUAAUUCCAGCCAAAUGGUUUGUCUAACCGGUCAAAAUGGCCAACAACUACAAGUAGACUAUGUUGUAAUAACUGUCCCAUUGACCAUACUUAAAGCUAAAGAUAUCCUCUUCACACCUCCAUUACCCAUCAAUAAACAACAUGCCAUCAACUCAAUCUACAUGGGACCAGCAUUAAAGAUAGUCUGUCGAUUUAAGAAGCCUUUUUGGGGUGAAACUCUGGCCAUCUCUUGUCCAGGGUGUUUUAUUCAUCAGGUGUGGACUUAUUCCCGUGAUCCAAAACCAGACGGCGAGGAGUGUCAUGUUGUUGUGGGAUUCGAGACUGCAGUGGCAGCGUCACAGAAAGUUCACCUUUCUGAUGAAAUUGUUUGUGAACGAUUUGUCCAGCAGUUGGAUGAUAUAUAUGGGACAGAGACGGAGCCCAAGCCAGCGACAGCAAACCUAAUGAGCUUCGUGUACUACCAUUGGUCAAAACAUCCAUAUGUAAGAGGAGGGUAUAGUAGUCCCACUGUAAAUACCCAUGGAAUGCGACAACAYCUUGCUGAAUCAGUUGACGGCAAAUUGUUCUUUGCUGGUGAAGCUACUGGUAUAAAUGAGUUUGCUAAUGUUCAAGCUGCUCUUCAAACUGGGCUGAGAGCAGCCAAAGAAGUAUGCAAAGCUAGUGGCAUUGGUGAUUUAAACCCAAUUCCAUGAAAAUUGUAAAGUAUGAGGUAAAUAGGUGUAUUGAAGGGAUGAAAGGGAAAAUAGAAAGAACCAGAGAAAAAGAGAAGUUUUUAUGCUAGCAGCAGAUUACUCUCGUCGUUAUUAAAUUAUAUUUAUAUGUUUGGUUUGGUUUUUGAAUUAUAAUCUAUAAAAAUGAUAAAUGUAGAUAUUAUAUAAUUCAKGAUAGUCAUACGAUUGUAACUAAAAUUCAAAUUUUUAUGGAUUUUAAUGAAAUGACAGAAAUGUAAAGAAAGAAAGAAAUGACAGACCAGCCACAUUAUCUUUCAAUUACAUUUUUCAAACAAAUAAAGUACAAAUAAAAAACCUUUGAUGA